AUGUUCGAAAAGAAUAGUGUGGAACCCUUCAGACUUACUUUGAAGGAGGCCAUCAGAACCAUUUCGCCGCGGCGGCGGUGCCCGGAGGUAGAGCGGCCAUUUAUUCUAGACAACGUCUACGUAUCGAGCAUCAAGCUGCGGGGCGAGCCGUGGUUCGAGAGCCCUCGCAAAGGCAACUGCACGGCCGCCGGUUGGGGUCGAGAGAGAUUCACCGAACGGAACAUGGGCCCGCUCCAACUUGUCUCCGUCAUCGCCACGCACGGCGACGAAUCUUGCCCUUGCGUCAGCCCAAGGAGGAAGGAGAAGGUGCUAUGCCUGGAGAAGACGCCGGGGCACGGGAUCUGCAAGGGGGACUCGGGGGGCCCGCUCAUCUGCGAGGAGGAGCUGGUCGGGGUGGCGCACGUCCUCUACCCGACGCCACCCCUCUGCGUCCGGGCCUUCGCCGGCGACCCCGAGUGCGGCGCCGAGGGCUGGAUCGACGUCUACAUGUACGUCUGCCCCUACCUGGACUGGAUCCGGCAAUACGUCGGCGAGCGCAUCCCGCCGCAGCCCGCCUCUUGCGACGCCCUCGUCGACGAAAACAGCUUAUCUUCCAACUCGGUCCGUCGUCGUCUUCAUUUUCCCGCACUCGUUCUUCUGUCUCUCCUAGUUCCGCUCCUCCCACGCUUCCACAGAUCCCUGUAA